ACUGCAACAAUACCAAUGGUCUGUCUACCUUAAGCAUAGUCAGUUACCGAAUCAGUUCUCGACUGAAUUUAUAAUUUCUGUUCCAGUCUAGUUUGACGUUACUCUCGCAAGUUUUCUAACCAAGCUCUUUGGAAUAUUUUUCUGAUUUGGCGGAAUCCAUUCAGGCAGUUGAUAAUUUUGAUAAAAGUUUUCAAAAAUGUGGAAUUUGUGCAAAUUAGUUGUGAUAUUUCUUCUGUUCGAUCAUGCCUAUGCCAAAGCAGUAGAUGCAGACGACGCCGACGCUUGCAUACUGCUGAGCGAAACCUGUAAAAGAGAAGAGGCGAUAUAUAUUUUACAGGAUCAAGUUGAGGUGCAUCAGAGAUGCCUCUCCCUCUACAUGGACUUGGGCUCUAGAUCGUUAAGUGAAAAUUUGGGAAAUUACUGCAACAAAAUGCCUUAUAUUAAUGAAUGUGCUCAACUAACAAUCCGAGCAGGUGCACCAAAUCCGGAAGGAAAAUGUUUCUUGAAAAUUUUUGGAAUCAUAAAAGAUUUUCAAAAUUUUUUGUGUUCUAAUUCUGAAAAUGAAAGUAGAUUAGCAAUGUUUAUAACUGCAGGAGGAGUAGAAUGUAUCAAAGAACAUCCAGUUGAAAAUUGUUUCGAUGAAGUUUUGGACAGACUGCUACUAAAUACACAAACGGAUUUAUCAAUAGCAAAUUUGGCAAUUUUUAUAUUCACAACACUUGAUUGUCAGGAAUUCAACAAAAUCCACACUUGCAUGGAAGAAGUUUUGGAAAAAUGUGAAGAUACUGCGCCCGCUAUGCUUGUAGAUGCUUCUUUUGAAUUUAUCAAAAACCAAACAGAUUGUAGGUCAGAAAUAGGAGUUGCUGUCAAAGUGUUUCUUGUUAUAGGUACAUAUUAUAUGUGCCAAUAUACUAUUAUUGCCAUCAUAAUAAAAACAAAGUUUUACAUGCGCUUUUCAACCAGGAGGGCACCACCUAUCAACGAAUAAAUUGCAUUUAAACGGAAGAAACCCUGGUAUAAAGCAACACCAUAUAUAAUACCGUCCAACAAUUUUCUUGUUUGAAAGUGUUUUUUGUUAAUUUGUUCAUUGUAUUUUUUUAUGUAAUAAAUACAAGUUUUAAAUUGA